AUGCAUAUUUCCAAAGAGAAACGAAUGAGGGUGUUGCUGGCAAUUUUGUCUGUAGUUGAUUUUGGAUAUUCAUUUGAUACUAUUACAUACAUUACUUUGAUACUUUCUUGCAUACUUGUUUUGUUUAGCAUUGUCAGCAUGUUAUUUGCGAAAAACAAAUUGUUAUCACAAAUUUUAAUUACUAUGUAUUACGGAAAAGAAUUAAUAUUAUAUGGUCCAUCUCCUACUUGGCCAGUUUUAUAUCUUUAUAAACUGAUUGGGUCUAAAAACUACAUUUUUUUACUAUUGUUUUCCAAUCAAAUAGUAUUCAAUUAACUCGAUUAAUUAUGGAAUUAUAGUAUAAAAAGAAAUGAUCAUCACAGCAUAUAGUUAAUCCUGAUACUGUUAUUAGAGUGUUAUACCUUAUAUAUCAAAUAGAAAUCUUAUUAUUUAUGUAAAAACUUGUUGGUGAAGUAGUUCAAGUAGGAAUGUUUGUUUUAAAUAUUUGAUUUUAAUCAAAGAAUUAUCUCUGAAAAUAUUCAUUAACUACCAAUAGCAAAUAGACUUUAAACAGAAAAUACACUAAUAGGAAGUCCAAGAGGGGAUAAAAUAAAUUUAAUUCAAGAUGAUAAGGACAUUCACUAUAAAUUAUUUUUGAAUAAUGAACAGGUUGUAUCAUUAGACUAGUAACCAGUUUAAUAAUAAUUAAUUUUUAGAUCAACUAAAGAAUUACUAUAAUUUUUAUCUAAAAAUAACCAUUAUUUUAUAAUAGCUAUUUUUAAUGAUCCACUUUUAAACGUCAAAUUUUAAUAUCAAGUAAAGUAUUUUUCGAUAAAUAAUUAAUAAAUUCUUGCCUUUCAAAAAAUAGAAAAUGGCAUAUUUGUGAGAUAAAAUCAUAAAAUAUUAAAAUAUAAAUAGAAUCUAAUAAAUAUUUUUAAUCAUAAACUGAAAACUCCUCUUAAUAGUGCAAUUGGACAUCUUAUUACAGCUGAAGAGGAUGAUUCGGUCAUUGAGGAAAUUAAAAAGAUGUACUUGUAACCGGCCUUAUUGAAUUGCAGAUUACAACUAUAUUUAGUUUAAGAUAUUUUGGAUUAUUUAUCAAUUGAAAUCGAAUAAUUACCUUUGAUGAAUAAUAAAACAAAUUUAAGAACAUUGUUAUUAGAAGUUUACAAUCUAAUUGAAUAUUAAUGUAAAUUGAAAAAUAUUGAUAUCCUAUUUAAAAUUAACAAUGAAAACUUUAAAAAAAUAGACACAAAAUCCUUAUUUAUUUAUACAGAUUCAAACAAAUUAAUCAGGGUGUUGUUAAAUAUAUUAAAUAAUUCUUAUCGAUAUGCAGAAGUAGGAGGUUGUAUCAUCUUAGAAAUUAGAUUAGAUUAAAUGAAUAAGACAACUUAUUUUUCAAUAACAGACAAUGGCUAAGGAAUGGAUGAAGAAUAAAUAAAAAAAUUAAAUUUUUAAUUGUAAUCUUUCGAAAGCAUUUCUUUUAACAAAUUAAACAAAUAAUAAGAUAGUAAUCGUAGUAUAAAACUGGGGUUAAGUCUCUUUCUGGCUAAUAAGCUAAUUAAAUUAUUAAGUGGAGAUAACAGUUGUUUAUAAUUAAGAAUAGCAAAUAAUCAAUUAUUGUUCACAUUUUCAAUUAAUGAUAUUCAAGAAAUCUAAUCAGCAAGCUCACUUGGAAAAUCUAAAUAAAAUAGUUUUAUAAAAUAAAAAUCAUUAAGAGGCCUAAAUAAUAAAUUUAACAGCUAAUCCAGUCCUAGAAUUUCAAAAUUUAAAUAAAAUUCAUAAAGAUAAAUAGACUUUAAGAAUUAUAAUUCUUUAAGAUUGAUUUAUUAGUGUGAUAUUCAGAAUGAACCCUCACCUUAAGUUCCACAUAAGAUUACAACACAUCAAAACAAUCAAAAGUUUCAUCAUCAAAGAUAACGAAUUAAAACAACAAGAAAAUCUUUAGAAUCUUAGUUUAGAUCUAGAGCAACUAGUUUUAGAACACAUAAAAUUGAAUAAAUUAUUCGAUCAGAAUAAAUUUAGUAAUAAUAAUAAUAAGUUAUUUAACAUGAUGAAUAUAUUUUAAUAGUUGAUGAUGAACCUUUCAAUCAUGAAACUUUGUGUAUGAUGUUGAAAAAUAUGGGGUUUACCAAUUUUUUAAAAGCUUUUAAUGGUCAAUAAUGUUUGGAUGUUGUAUAAUAGAACCAUCAUAAAAUAUAUAUGAUUAUGAUGGAUAUUGAUAUGCCAAUAAUGAAUGGAAUAGAUACGACAAAAUAAUUAGAAAGAUUGAUCAGUAAUAGUACAAUAUGUUACAUUCCUAUUAUUGGAUGUACUGCACAUGAAGACUAUGAAUCUCAUUUAUAAUGUUUUGAUGCUGGGAUGAUACAUGUAGUUGUUAAACCUGUGUUUAUUAAAUCGAUCUAAGAAGCACUCAACAAAAUAUCUGAAUUGAAAUCAGAUGAAACAAUUAAAGAAGACACAUCUUCUUACGUGAUAAAUAAAAUACAAUCUUAAUCUUCGAACUUUCAAUGA